AUGGACUGUGCAAACUGCAAUGAGCCUGUACUUGACGGUGCUCAAUGUACUGUAUGUAAGUCGUACUACGAUUUCAAAUGUGCCGGUAUUACCAAAACUGCUUAUAAAGCUUUAGGUACUGGUCGGUCAAAGUCAAGUUGGAAGUGCUCCCCAUGUUGUACUAAAAAGGACUCUGUGACUGAUAGUCUUAUCUCCAAGCUUGAUAGUUUGGGUAACCAGCUUGAUACCAUACAAUCAGAUAUUAAAGGCAUCAAGUGUUCGUGUGAAGUCACCAACACGAAGUUGGAAUCACUUGGAGCAAGACUUGAUGGAGUUGAUCUGCGGGUUACUGGCUUGGAAGGUACCACAUCCAGCUUGGUGUCUCAAGUGGAUAGCAUCCUGGAGCAGGCUAUAUCUAGGGACCAGUGGACGAGGCUCAGCAAUGUAGAAAUAAAGGGGGUUCCAGUUAAGCCUAACGAAAAUCUUUUUGAUAUCGUCGCAAAGAUUGGUGACGUCAUCGGGUAUGCGGUUCCGAAGUGCUCUCUCAGCUAUGUGUCUCGGAUACCAACACGGAACAACAAGGAGAAGUCAGUUAUAGCUACUUUCGUAAAUAGGUAUGCGAAGGAGGACUUUGUGGCUGCUGCACGUUUGAAAAAGGUACUGACUGCCCAGGAUAUUGGGUUCUCCUCCAGGGACAGCAGGGUGUAUGUCAAUGAUCAUCUGUGCCCCGAGUACAAGAAGCUAUUAAAUGACACUAAAGCACUUGCUAAGGAAAGAGGGUUCCAGUAUGUCUGGGUCAAGUUCGCUAAAAUUCAUGUUCGACGGAACGACAAAUCUAACACUAUUGUUAUAAACUCAAGUGUUGAUUUAAACAAGUUGCGCUAA